GGAACUGGAUGAGCGUUGUGGUCCUUUUCAACCCAGGCCAUUCUGUGAUUCUAUGAUUCUAUGAGCUGCCAAGUUAUAUUUCCUCACUGUUUUCCAUGUGUUUGUAAAGGCAAAAAAAAUGACUAAACGACUAAUGAGAAUGAACUCAAUCUGUAGAAUAUAAGAAGCCAUUUAGAGACAGUUUAGGAGAUGCUUUCAUAGCCGUUAUCUUCUUCUCUCAAUGGUCUUCAUGAUAGUUAUUCUAACUUCUUAUACUGUGAUCAUUACAUCUUAUUAUAGAACACCAAUGGGUGAUGUGGAGCUUUUUAUAUGUUGGCUAAACCAAGACUUAAUUCUUAACUUUGAACAGGGAAGGAUUUUGGAGAAGACAGGACUUUGCAGCCAAAUCACUUUUGGCCGAUACGUGCGACAAGGAUGGAGGCUGAGGGUGGACCCGAAGCUGUUUAUCCAGGAUCUGCAGUUUAACAAAGUACCUGUGAGGGUGUACCAGCCAAAAGCCACAUCUCAAGGGCGAAGGAGAGCUAUCCUCUUCUUCCAUGGAGGAGGAUGGGUGUUUGGAAGUCUCGAUACCUAUGAAAAAGUGUGCCGCUACUUAUCCAGAGAAAGUGAAUCCGUAGUUGUAUCCGUUCAGUAUCGUUUAGCUCCUGAGCACAAAUACCCUGCUGCAUAUGAAGACUGUCUUAAUGCUACCGUACACUUUAUGAGGAGUACAGAGCACUACGGGGUGGAUCCUGCACAGAUCAGCGUCUGCGGGGACAGUGCUGGGGGCAAUCUAGCUGCUGCUGUUAGCCAGACCCUGGCAGGCAGAGCAGACCUCCCCAGGCUGCGUGCUCAGAUCCUGAUCUACCCAGGCCUUCAGGCACUGGACUUCAAUUUGCCAUCCUAUCAUCAGAACCGGGGAGUUCCUCUCUUGUUCCGGGAACGCGCUGCUUUCUUCGCUUUGCAGUACUUAAACGGGGAUGCAUCACAUAUGCAGGAGGUCCUGAAGGGCUCCCAUAUCCCUCCAGAUAUGAGGCAGAAGUACAGGAAGUGGGUGAGUCCCGAUAACAUCCCUGAAGAGUUUAAAGUCAGAGGAGUGAAGCCACUUAACCCCACGGAUUUUAUGGCUGAAGUUUAUGAGACGGUGAAGCGGUUCUGUGAGCCCAACCUGUGCCCCCUGCUAGCUGAAGAUGCUGUUGUUCACCAGCUGCCCGAGUCCUUCAUCUUGACUUGUGAAUAUGAUGUGCUGAGGGAUGAUGGCUUGCUGUACAAGAAGAGGUUGGAGGACAACGGAGUCCAAGUGACCUGGUGCCACCUCGAGGAUGGGUUCCAUGGAAUCAUAAGCCUGUAUGAUUAUGGUGGGUUGUCAUUUCCAUCUGGGAAAAGGGGAUUGGACAGCGUUGUUAACUUCCUUAAGGGCUUAUAGUAAACAUCUUAGAUUCCACGA